AUCCAAGUCUGUCGGUUCCCGUGCCAAUGCGCCUGCGAUUCGUUACCUAACCUCGGCACAACCGACAGUUGUGCGGCGAGACCCAAGUCCACCACAUACGAACAAAACGUCUUUAUUGACGCAUAAAAGUGAAUUAGUUUAUUGUUACAGUUAUCCGUAAUAUGAGAUAGAAUAAAACCCCGACGGAUAAUGACACUUGUAAUUUUAUAAUUCAUAUCUCUCAUUGCGGCAAAUUCCUCCGUAUAUCCAUAUAGAUAAAGAUUACAGUGGUAAUUCCAAAGAUAAAAGAUUUUAUUGUUAGGAUCAAGUAGAAAACUUGCGUUGUUGAAGUCAAACACUCAUUUCUAUAGUUGUUGUGCUACGGAGUGCAUUGCAAGCUUACCAACGACCGCACAAGAUGGCCCAUGAUGACGUAAAGUUUAAAAUUCGCGAAGAAUGCGAGGUGCUGCAAAUGACGGACAAGCAGCUCCGGGAGAUCAUGAAGAGACUCCACAACGAUCUCGUAAAAGGUCUCGGAAAAGAUACACACGCGAAGUCCAUUGUCAAAUGCUGGAUAACAUACAUACAGGACUUACCUAACGGAAAAGAACGUGGCAAAUUUUUGGCGCUAGAUCUAGGAGGCACAAACUUCAGAGUACUGAUCAUUAACUUAGGAGAGAACCACUUCGAUAUGCAGUCCAAAAUUUAUGCUAUCCCACAACACAUUAUGACUGGUACUGGGAUGGCUCUAUUUGACCACAUAGCUGAAUGUUUAGCGAACUUUAUGAAGGAACAUGGCGUUUAUGAAGAGCGCUUGGCGCUUGGGUUUACUUUUAGCUUUCCACUGAAACAACUUGGACUCACUAAGGGAAUUUUGCAACGUUGGACCAAAGGAUUUUCCUGCUCUGGUGUAGUUGGCGAAGAUGUAGUCCAAGGACUCAAAGACGCGAUCGCCAGACGAGGGGACGUACAGAUUGAUAUAUGCGCUAUUCUGAAUGACACCACGGGUACAUUGAUGUCUUGCGCGUGGAAAAACCACAACUGCAAAAUCGGACUCAUCGUUGGUACCGGCAGCAACGCUUGUUACGUGGAAAAGACGGAAAACUGCGAUCAGUUUGAUGGCGAGGCGGGCAAACCGGAACUACUCAUAAACACUGAGUGGGGCGCUUUUGGAGAUGAUGGUACUUUGGACUUCGUACGGACAGAGUUUGAUCGCGAAGUCGACUCCAAUUCCAUUAAUCCAGGCAAACAGAUUCAAGAGAAGAUGAUCUCCGGCAUGUACAUGGGUGAGCUGGUGCGAUUGGCGCUAGUGAAGUUUACGAAAAUGGGGCUGUUGUUCGGCGGACGUGGCUCCGAUCUGCUCUUCCAACGUGGCAGCUUCUACACCAAAUACGUCUCGGAAAUCGAGUCCGACAAAGCUGGCGACUUCACAAGUUGCAUGGAGGUUCUUGAAGAACUUGGGUUGUCACACGCAACGGAGACCGACAUGGCGAGCGUGCGGCACGUGUGUGAGUGCGUGUCGCGGCGCGCGGCUCACCUGGUCUCCGCCGGUAUCGCGACCCUUCUCAACAAGAUGAACGAGCCACGCGUCACCGUCGGCAUCGACGGUUCCGUCUACCGCUUCCAUCCUCACUUCCACACGCUUAUGUGCGACAAGAUUGCGCAGCUCGUCAACCCUGGCAUACAGUUCGACCUGAUGUUAUCGGAGGAUGGCAGCGGCCGCGGCGCGGCGCUAGUCGCUGCGGUGGCGUGCCGUCAGAGCCAGGGCGCGUAGACGCAGCCGCCACCGCAGCUGUCUUCUGUCAGCGUCUCUCCGCCGGCUGCCCAGGUGGCCCUUCGACCGGCGCGCUACCCUCGUCGGUCGCUCACUCGCUUUAACUUCACGGCUCUCGACAAUACAAUUCACCCGAGACCGUACGUCGGAAAUGGAAUUUCUUAAGUUCUCAGCCAAACACGGCAAGCAUAAAAUUUACACGCUUAUGAAGUUCCUGCUCCGACUCGAGGUGGUUUAGUGCUGUCAUAAGAUAAAAAUAGUACCAACUAAUUUAGUCUUAUGAUAUCCGCUGUGUGCUUGGGUCGAACGAUUUUGCGUUUGCUCUCUGUUGGAAGUCUCGUUAGAACUCGGCCAUGCGCCAUGUUCGUUUUCCGAAAUGUUUCCUGAAGCAGCAUCUGAGGAUAGGCAAUAUUGGCACUAGGAUUGAUGUCCGAAAUCACAAUGAAAUAUAACAUUUAGGGUUGAAAUGUACUUAUUUACGGUCUUAGUCUAGUCACAAAUCAGAUUUUAAAAGAUGGCUACUUAAACUUUUGUUAUUCUGACAUUCUUCGUUGGUUAUAUUAGUAUUGCAACAAGACUGAUUUAAAAUUAGAAACAUCAAUACGCCCCGGAAGCGCUGCAGCGUGCAGUGUAAUUGAUCUUAGUGUCGUGUCGCGGCCGGCCGUGCUCUGCCAUGUCGGCAAGCGCCUAUCUUAGCCAGCACACAGUUACACGGUCCGAACUAUAGUUUUCAGUGACUAAUAUUAUGUUAUGAUUUAGCAAUAUGUAAGUAGUUUAGCAUUGUACAUUAACGGAGAGAACGCUCUAUAAGUAACAAUAAGUACCUAUAUGUAAUAAUAAUAAUUUUAUAUAGCUAUUGUUGAAAAUUAUGAAGAAAUUAUUAUCCCUUAGAAAAUUAAUUACUAACGUAAUUAUACGUACGUCUUUAGAUGCAACGCAUAUUUAUAUAGGUACGUGUUAUGUACAGCGAAAUAUCAGUGAUUUUUUAUUGUACAGAAGCAGUAAUAUUUGGCUCGUGAAUUUUACCGUUGUAGACGAUUGUUAGUAAUAGAUAGGUUCCAAUACUUGAGCGACACACGUGGCAAUCUCAAUAUAAUUCUCUAUAAGGAUGGUACGUCUAGUACAGAAUAUCAUUUAUGAUCAUUCCAUUUACCGACCAGUCCCUGGUACAUAUUAUAUCGCAGCUUCUCUAGCGAUUCAAAACAUUUGGUACGAGUGCAAAUGAAUCUAUUCAAACUCAACAAACACGUCCUUACAUUAUUUUGACGGUUAAGCUAAAGUACUUUGGAAGAUAUUAAAGAUUCUUUAGUAAGAUUUUGAUAUUUUUCUGUGAUAGAUCUAGGACUAUUUGAUAAAUAUUAGUUGGUAAUUUCAUUUAUUAUUAAACAUCAUCAAAGCACAAUCUGAAAUAGAAAAGAAUAUCUAAUGUUAAUUAAUGUAUGUUUCAACUCUCAUAUUAUUAUAUUUUCAUUCUGUUGUUAAUGUAAAUCUCGUUAACUAGCAAUAAGUCGGUAUCCACGUUGACACUUCAUCUGAACAUGCUGCACUGUGCUGUGCUGUGCACUACGCGAGUGUAGACACCGAGAAUAUGCAAUGCACAAAGUAACAUCAAAUAUUCAAUAAGUGAUCACGGCCAUACAAACAUCACAUCGUACCAUAGUUCCUAGAGUUAUAAUUAGGUGCAUUUUGAUUAAGUAUGUGAAUGUCGAAUGUUGUUGCAUAUAGUGUAACAAGCAUUAUGUUUAUUUGUAUGUAAUUACUAUUAAUUAAGUUUAAAGUGUUAAUUUUCGUGUACAAAUAUUUAUUAUAUUUCGUUAAAUUAAAGGAGAAUGGGCGAAUCUGGUCCAAGAACCUCCACUGAUGAGACUUAUAUGUAAUGAAAGCUUAUGCUUUCCCUAUGAAUCUGGCAAAGUCCUAUCAGAUUCUGUCCCGGGGUUCUUUUUUUACGGCCAUGUUUGUCCUGGCUAAAAAUGUGAUAAAAUACAGUGGGAGCUAAAAUCGACUCAAGAUGUGUUGCUGGAUAACUAAGUCUACAUAAAUAAUUAUGUAUCAUAUUGUAUAUCAUUUUAAAGAGGAUCUUUUCCAGAAUCCGAAACAUAAAAAAAAACAAAAAAAAAUCUUUUUGUAAGCGAAUUAUAGUCAAUUUAUAUCUGCAGCGCCAUUGUUUCUCGGUAGCUAAGUUCAAGUUUCAUGCCUUUUACCCCUUCCAAAAGUAUCUUACCGAUUUUUUUUAUAUUGCUUCCGGAAUUUGAUCUGAGUGAUAAUAACAAGAAAAAUAAAUAAACACCUCUCCGAUAGAGACCGGCUAAGCUAUUGCCUAUUGCAAGAAAUCGUCAUCAUUAGCAAGUCAUUACGGUAUUGCAUAUUAUAAGCUUAUCAGGAACUUGGAACUUGGUCCAAGAACCUCCACUGGUGAGACUUGCAUGUAAUGAUAGCUUAUACUUGUCCUAUGAUUCUGGCAAAGUUCUAUCAAACACUGUCCUAGGGUUUUUUUACGGCCAUGUUUGUCCUGAGUGUACAGUAGUGGACUGCAAAAUCACCUCAGGAUUUGUUGUCGAUAAACUAUUUAACUAAGGCUAUAUACAUAAUUAUAUAUCAUAAUGUAUAUCAAUUUUAAAGGGGAAGGUUAUCAGAAUCUGAAACACAAAUAAAAAAAUGCAUUAAGUAAGUAUGUAAACGACUUUUAGCCAACUCACGUCCGUGGCACCAUUUUUCUCAGCAGCUACGUACGAGUUUCGCGCCUUCCAACCUUUCCAAAGAAGCCCAAUCAUUUUUUCCUUCUUCUGAUAUUGCAUUCUUAACCUGACAAGACUAAGUGACAACAACAAGAAAUAAAAUAGAUACCAUUCCGAUAGAGGCCGCGUAAGCUAUGGACCUAUUGCAAGAUAACGUACUCAAAGGCUAGUCAUUAUAAUCCAACAGACGUAACAUGAUUAGAAUGCGGGAGGACGCAAAUGUAGUAUGUUUUCUUUCACCACAAUCUUGUUUUAUUAAUCCAGGCUUAUAUCUUGUCUUAUAAACAAUGCCGAAUGGUACAACAAACGUAUCGUAAACGUAAGGUUGCCUGGUAGUAAUUGCUACCUUGGCAAUAAAGCCGCCUUUUGCACCAGUUAUUGCCUGAACUUGUUUAAUGUGUUUCUUUUGUAUACAAUAGAGUCAUUGUAUUGCAUCUUGAUUAGAAUGACUUAUUUCUUGUUUCUCUCGUACUAAGCUGUAUAGUUGUAUAGUUGUAUUGCUGUUAGUGUUAAAGAGACACAUAUUUCGUCUCUUUCGCAUAAGGCGAUGUACUACAUUUCCGUCCCGCCGCAUUCUAAUCAUGUUACGUCUGUUGGAUUAUAAUGACUAGCCUUUGAGUACGUUAUCUUGCAAUAGGUCCAUAGCUUACGCGGCCUCUAUCGGAAUGGUAUCUAUUUUUUUUUUUUCUUUGUUGUCACUUGUCAGGUUAAGAAUGCAAUAUCAGAAGAAGGAAAAAAUGAUUGGGCUUCUUUGGAAAGGUUGGAAGGCGCGAAACUCGUACGUAGCUGCUGAGAAAAAUGGUGCUACGGACGUGAGUUGGCUAAAAGUCGUUUACAUACUUACUUAAUGCAUUUUUUUAUUUGUGUUUCAGAUUCUGAUAACCUUCCCCUUUAAAAUUGAUAUACAUUAUGAUAUAUAAUUAUGUAUAUAGCCUUAGUUAAAUAGUUUAUCGACAACAAAUCCUGAGGUGAUUUUGCAGUCCACUACUGUACACUCAGGACAAACAUGGCCGUAAAAAAACCCUAGGACAGUGUUUGAUAGAACUUUGCCAGAAUCAUAGGACAAGUAUAAGCUAUCAUUACAUGCAAGUCUCACCAGUGGAGGUUCUUGGACCAAGUUCCAAGUUCCUGAUAAGCUUAUAAUAUGCAAUACCGUAAUGACUUGCUAAUGAUGACGAUUUCUUGCAAUAGGCAAUAGCUUAGCCGGUCUCUAUCGGAGAGGUGUUUAUUUAUUUUUCUUGUUAUUAUCACUCAGAUCAAAUUCCGGAAGCAAUAUAAAAAAAAUCGGUAAGAUACUUUUGGAAGGGGUAAAAGGCAUGAAACUUGAACUUAGCUACCGAGAAACAAUGGCGCUGCAGAUAUAAAUUGACUAUAAUUCGCUUACAAAAAGAUUUUUUUUUGUUUUUUUUUUAUGUUUCGGAUUCUGGAAAAGAUCCUCUUUAAAAUGAUAUACAAUAUGAUACAUAAUUAUUUAUGUAGACUUAGUUAUCCAGCAACACAUCUUGAGUCGAUUUUAGCUCCCACUGUAUUUUAUCACAUUUUUAGCCAGGACAAACAUGGCCGUAAAAAAAGAACCCCGGGACAGAAUCUGAUAGGACUUUGCCAGAAUCAUAGGGAAAGCAUAAGCUUUCAUUACAUAUAAGUCUCAUCAGUGGAGGUUCUUGGACCAAGUUUCAUACAAAAGUGCCCAUUGUCAUUUAAUCGUGAAAUGAUUUACGUACUUUAAAUAGUGUAAUCAGACAAUCUUUCUUAAUACUAACGUGAAAGUACAAAUCGAAAACAUACUUAAAAUUCUCUCAAACCCGUGUAAUUCAAUAGUUAUUUAUUGAUUUGCUCAAAUAAAAUCACGAUCAUAUUUAAUUUUACGUGUCGAACAUUUGAGAUACAACUCUGUGUGUAAUAAAAAUUGAAAUCUUUGUUAGAUGGGCAUGUUGCUAUGUACAUUCCAUAGGUGUCUUGAACAUCUGUUGUUAAUUUAUUAUUGUCAAAAGUCUUUAUUAGCAAAAAUGUACAUAUCACAUCCACACUGAAACAGCCGGAUUAUAUAAUAGAGGUAUUGUGUGUCUAUAUGUAAAUAUAAUAACUCUGGAGCCUGGAGCUCGAUUGUUUUAGAUUAUUUAUGUAAUGUGAUUCUAUAAUUUAAUAUAGUACUUUAUUAAAUAAUUUGGGUUUUUAUAAAAAAAACAUAUUUUCAUAAAACUACCAACAUUAUUAUAUGAAACUAAAUCAUGUUGAGCCAAUAAGGAAAAAUCGACAAUCAAAACUGUAGCUAGCUCAGUCUGUGUAAGAGCUGUUAGCAAUGUUAUUACUAAAAUAAAUUUACAGAAAAUCUA